CGAUCUCUGCUCUAUCUCUCACAUUCACCAUUUUCCUUUCCCCCCUUUAUUAUUAUUUUGCGUUAUAUUUUCCUCUUCGUCCCUCUCCCUCUCACUGAUACCGACUGUGUCUCUCUUACAUGUCGACGGAUCCAACUGGAAAUUAGGGCAGAAAUCUAUCAUAAUCGGUGCCAGAAUCUGAAACGGAGAUGUAAUUUCAUGAGGAGAUUAGUCUGAUUAGAAAUCGAACCGUCAAAUUUGUAGAAAUUUCAGUUACUUUCAAUAUAUUUCGAGGGUUUUCCAACGGAAGCUUUCACACAUGAAGGAUCCGUUCGAUCGAACCAAAGUAGUGCUGCGGCACUUGCCUCCGACGCUCUCGCAGUCGGCGCUUACGGAGCAAAUCGAUGGCCGCUUUGCCGGCCGAUACAAGUGGAUUUGUUUCCGCUCCGGGAAGAACAGUCAGAAGCAUCAGCGAUAUUCCCGAGCAUAUAUUGAUUUCAAGAGGCCAGAGGAUGUUAUUGAGUUCGCCGAGUUCUUCGAUGGCCAUAUUUUUGUUAAUGAGAAGGGUUCUCAGUUUAAGACUAUUGUAGAAUAUGCCCCUUCGCAACGGGUUGCGAAGUCAUGGUCCAAGAAAGAUGGUCGUGAGGGAACAAUAUUCAAAGAUCCUGAAUACCUGGAGUUUCUUGACCUUAUUUCGAAGCCAGUUGAAAACCUUCCUAGUGCAGAGGUACAAUUGGAAAGAAGAGAAGCAGAACGAGCUGGGGCUGCAAAAGAGGUUCCCAUAGUUACGCCUCUGAUGGAUUUUGUUCGCCAGAAAAGAGCUGCUAAAGGUGGAUCGCAGAGGUCAUUAUCUAAUGGGAAGCUUAGCAGACGAGCCACAGGAACUUCACCUGGUAGUUCUGGGUCAAGUUCCACCAAAAGGGGUUCUGAGAAGAGAAGGGUCUCCACCUCAAUGUAUGUCCUAAGGGACAGUGUGAAGAACACAAGUGGAAAGGACAAAUCAACCUACAUUCUAGUGCCUCGGCGAGAAGAUCAGGAGCUGACAGAUAAGUCUGUUUCUUUGGUGAUUGCAAGUGGAACAGAAACAGCAGAAGAUGAAAAAGUCCCUAAAACUGAUGGAGCUAUUUCAACAGCUACUGGUUCUGCUGAUACUGGAAAGAAGAAGGUCCUGCUUCUGAAAGGGAAAGAGCGAGAAAUUCCUAAUGCGCCUGAGGUGGGUGUAUCACAACAACAGAGUGUAAUAUCUCCAAUAAGAAACUCACCAAAUUCAACUGCUUUCAAACAGAGCCAACGGCGUGAUGUUAGUGGAAGGAUGAUCAGAAGUAUACUAUCAAAGGAAGCACGCCAGGGUCAAUCAACUACAGCAAUCCAAUCUGAUCAACAGUCCCAGACCAUGAAUUUAGAGAAGGAAAAGCGCCCACCUCGGCCCACCACAAUGCGUUCUGUUUUGAAAGAUCACCUUUCUAGCAUUUCACAGGCUGCAAGUAGUUGUGAUACUGAGAUGAAAAGGAUACAAGACGAUAAGGUUGCUGUGAAUGAUGUGCAUGGAGUUUCGUCAGUGAACGAGAAGCAAGAAAAACGUGCUAGAAACAAGGAUAGACCUGACCGAGGAGUCUGGACACCUCUUCGUCGUUCAGAUAUAUCACAUGCCAGUGAUGAUUCAUCAUCAUCCUCCUUUUCUGGACCCACACAAGUGCUGUCAGAUUCUUUAGAAGGCAUGACCAUAAAUCAGCUUGUGGCUCCUGGAGCUGGUAAACUUGGGGAUGAUGUGUUGGAUGAGCCAGAAUCUGGUAAUAAAUCAUUUUUUCCCAGUGGGAAAGCACGAAGCCAGGAAGCAUCUGUUCACAAUUCUCGAGUAGGACGUGGUGGCAAUGUUUCUUCUGCAUAUGAUUCUUGUAGUCAUGAAGUAAAAUCUGAAAUUCACCAUGCAAGCAAAGGUGAAGUGAAAACCAUUGGAAGUGGUCGGAGCAAUUUUUCUUCUGCAGAGAACGGUUCACAUAGGCAAUUUAGUCGCCGUGGAUCAGUGCAUGGAGGGAAGGAUAUUGAUGGAAAUUCCCUUAGUACGAGUGAUGGAAAGCCUUCCAAAAGGGGAAAUGCUACUGGCUAUGGUUCCCAUGAGAAACAAGUAUGGGUUCAGAAGUUGGGUUCUGGUUCAUAGUACUGUUAAGCUUCUUUGGACAAGCAUGCCAACCUGAUUUGGUGUUGGGGUUGCCUCUUUUACCAUUUUGCAGUGUAACUGCUGGGUCUUUUCCUUGUUGGGGUACGCUGUUGUCGUAUUUUCCAAGCUUCAAGGUCCAGGUUGUUUGAGUCCAGGGACUGGACAAAAUCUCUUGUUUCUAGACAGAUGAUCAAUGUAAGAAAGUAAUAGCAGGAGAAAAUCUUUCUUUUUGAGAAAUCAUAGAGGAAGUUGAUCUGAAUGAUGCAGAUAGUGAGGUUUUAUGCCUGUUUGGUGGCUUGAAGAAGUUCCAAUCCUUCUCUUGGCCAAAGAUGACGACAGAGAUAACAAAUACCAUCAUCAUCAUCCUAAUAUUGCCAUUUUUUAUCACGGUGCCUCUGAUGGAAACCACUCGAUGAAGGAACUCUGGUUUUCUUGUUGGGUGAUGUAAGAUGAAAGCCCAGCUGAACUCAUGUCUUCCAUUGACUCAACUGGUUCUCAAGGUAUUCUGGUUUUAUAGGUGGAUUUGUUCUUUUGGUCAAACUGUAAAUAUAACCUUAGAUCAGUGAGUGCUGCUUGCUUUCACUGCUGUCUAUAUAGAAAUUUCAUGAUGUGUGAGGCCAUGGUAUGUGGUAAGUUGGAACAUGUUAGUUGUCAAGGUAAAUAAGAUAUGUUUUGUACCUGGGUAACUUGGGGGACUCGCACCAGUUGUGUGUUGAGUUGGAGCUGGGGUCGCCCAACUGACUCGGAAGUUUGGGUUGGAGAGAAUCACAUCAAUUUAUUUUGGCUUGGGGUUGUUUUGUUGGGUUGGGAUGUUUUAUGGCACGUGAUGGCUGAUAUGUUGGUUGUGUUAUGUAACCUGUUCUCAGGUAUUGCUGCUGUAUAUUUUGCUCAGCAGGACCUGAAUAUGUGGCUUGAUAUCGUUUUGCUUCAUCUUUUCUCUGACUCACGUCUCCCCCCCAUAAAAGAAGAAAAAUAAACUGCCGAUGAUAAAUAGGCUUA